AAAAUGGCACAAAGCGUGAUCCUAUUUUUGUUGUGGCUUUUUGGUAGAUCCUCCGCGGGCUUCCCCAACCAGAUAAACAUAGGUGGACUCUUUAUGCGGUCAAUGGUGCAGGAGCACAGCGCCUUCAGAUUCGCCGUUCAGCUCUAUAACACCAAUCAGAACAUGACCGAGAAACCGUUCCAUCUGAAUUACAACGUAGACAACCUCGAAUCCUCCAACAGUUUCUCUGUCACCCAUGCGUUUUGUUCCCAGUUCUCCAGAGGAGUUUACGCCAUCUUUGGCUUCUACGACAAAAAGUCCAUGAACACGCUGACGUCGUUUUGCGGGGCCCUCCACACGUCUUUCGUCACGCCCAGCUACCCCAUCGACUCCGACGUUCAGUUCGUCAUCCAGAUGCGGCCAGCGUUAAAGGGUGCAGUCCUCAGCCUCCUGUCUCACUACAAAUGGGAGAAGUUUGUCUACCUCUAUGACACUGACCGAGGGUUCUCCAUACUUCAAGCCAUUAUGGAAGCCGCGGUGGCGAAUAACUGGCAGGUGACAGCGCGGUCUGUGGGGAGUAUAUCAGACCCCCAGGAAUUCAGACGGAUCAUCGAGGAAAUGGACAGACGACAGGAGAAACGAUAUCUGAUUGACUGCGAGGUGGACAGAAUCAACGUCAUCCUGGAACAGGUGGUGACCCUGGGGAAGAACAGCCGAGGCUACCACUACAUGCUGGCUAAUCUGGGUUUCUCCAAUGUGAGCUUGGACAAGGUCUUCCUUGGCGGGGCGAACAUAAGUGGGUUUCAGAUAAUCAAUCCUGAAAACCCCAUCGUGCAGCAGUUUCUCCAACGCUGGGAACGGUUAGAUGAAAGGGAAUUCCCAGAGGCCAGGAACACUCCGCUGAAGUACACCUCUGCUCUGUCCUACGAUGCCAUCCUGGUGAUUGCUGAAGCUUUCCGUUACCUACGGCGACAGAGGGUGGACGUGUCCAGGCGUGGCAGCGCUGGAGACUGCCUCGCCAACCCCGCCGUACCCUGGAGUCAGGGCAUCGACAUCGAGAGAGCCCUCAAAAUGGUCCAAGUGCAAGGGAUGACUGGAAAUAUCCAGUUUGACAGCUACGGUCGCAGAACAAACUACACCAUCGACGUGUAUGAGAUGAAAACGGGAGGGCCGAGAAAGAUCGGAUACUGGAACGAAUAUGAACGCUUUGUAAAUAUAAUGGACCAGCCGAUGGGCAACGAUUCCUACCCUGUGGAAAACCGAACAAUUGUGGUCACUACUAUUAUGGAAGCCCCGUACGUGAUGUUAAAGAAAAACCAUAUGCAUCUGGAAGGCAAUGACAAGUAUGAAGGCUACUGUGUCGAUUUAGCCUCAGAGAUCGCCAAACAUGUCGGGAUAAAAUACAAACUCUCUAUAGUCAUGGACGGAAAAUACGGAGCCCGUGACCCUGAAACCAAGACGUGGAACGGGAUGGUGGGUGAACUCGUCUACGGGAGGGCAGAUAUAGCCGUCGCACCGCUAACUAUAACCCUGGUCCGAGAAGAAGUCAUAGACUUUUCCAAACCCUUUAUGAGCUUGGGCAUCUCCAUUAUGAUCAAGAAGCCUCAGAAGUCCAAGCCGGGCGUUUUCUCGUUCCUCGACCCCCUGGCCUACGAGAUCUGGAUGUGCAUCGUUUUCGCCUACAUCGGCGUGAGCGUGGUUCUGUUUCUGGUCAGCCGGUUCAGCCCGUACGAGUGGCACCUCGACGAGACCGAUGAAGCCAAAGAUCCCCAGACCCCUCCUGACCCGCCUAAUGACUUUGGGAUUUUUAACAGCCUUUGGUUCUCACUGGGGGCCUUCAUGCAGCAGGGCUGUGAUAUCUCACCAAGGUCCUUAUCGGGCAGAAUAGUAGGAGGUGUCUGGUGGUUCUUCACCCUCAUCAUAAUCUCGUCCUACACUGCUAACCUGGCUGCCUUUCUCACAGUGGAGAGGAUGGUCUCACCAAUAGAAAGUGCUGAGGAUCUGGCCAAACAAACAGAGAUAGCUUAUGGAACGCUGGAUUCUGGUUCCACUAAAGAGUUCUUUAGGCGAUCAAAAAUAGCAGUGUAUGAAAAGAUGUGGUCGUACAUGAAAUCCGCAGAACCCUCCGUCUUUGUCAAGACGACGCCCGACGGGGUCUCUCGGGUACGAAAGUCGAAGGGCAAGUUCGCCUUUCUUCUCGAGUCCACCAUGAACGAGUACAUUGAGCAGAGGAAACCCUGCGACACCAUGAAAGUGGGCGGCAAUCUGGACUCUAAGGGCUAUGGUGUGGCCACUCCCAAAGGCUCAGCAUUAAGAACUCCUGUAAACCUUGCAGUAUUGAAACUCAGUGAACAAGGCAUCUUAGCCAAGCUGAAAAACAAAUGGUGGUACGAUAAGGGUGAAUGUGGGACCAAGGACUCUGGAAGUAAGGACAAGACGAGCGCUCUGAGUCUGAGUAACGUAGCUGGAGUCUUCUAUAUUCUGGUUGGAGGGCUGGGGUUGGCUAUGAUGGUGGCCUUAAUUGAGUUCUGUUACAAGUCACGUGCAGAAUCCAAAAGGCUGAAACUUGAAAAGAAUGCCCAAAACUUUAAGCCUGCUCCUCCAACCAACACUCAGAACUUUGCCACAUACCGAGAAGGCUACAACGUCUACGGGACAGAAAGUGUAAAGAUCUAG